AUGGCGCCGGAGCCGAUCACGACGGAGAAUUUGGCGCUCUUGGAGCAGCGCAUGCCCGGCAAGAUGGAAGACAGUGGCGAGGCAACGCCACCGGUUUCCCCUCGGUCGGUGCGCAGUGCUGCUUCGCUGUCGCAGCGCGCAAGUGCUUCGAUGCAGUCCAUGGUCAUUGGGUCGAUGGUCGCCGUGCACGGCGAGCCGCCGCGGCUGCCGACCGAGAAGCGGAAGCCUGCCUUGUCGCUUACCACAACCUCUGUCAACUUCCGUGGCUUUGUGCAAAAGAGCGGCCCGAUGUUCUACUUCCAGGACAAUGUCGAGUCGACGCUGAUGUGGGACGACUGGCCCUGGACGUUGAUGUGGAUGGGAAUCUGGGCGGUGUUGUCACUGAAUCCUCGCCUGCUGCUCUGUGUGCCGCCUGCGGUGCUCGUGGUGAUCAUGUGCAACACAUACUUUAUCCGUUUCCCCCUCACCGAGAUCGAGACGGAUGCGUCGCCCGGCGACGCGCUGCGUGCCUCGCUGCAAGGCACGACUGUCCUCAACGAGGAGCCGCGGCGCCCGCCGAUCGAGCCGAGCCCGGUGCAUGAGGGCGAGCUGCGCUACUACCUCAACAUGCGCGACAUACAGAACAUGAUGCGGCUUAUCAUUGACGGUUACGACGACAUUGCGCCGAUCGUCAAGUACCUCAACUGGUCGGACGUUUCGCGGACGUUGCGCCUGUUGCAAGGCGCGCUCCUCGCGACGGUCGCCAUGUACUUUGUGGGCCCGCUGAUUCCCCUCCGUCUCACCCUUUUCCUCGUCGGCGAGCUGGCGCUGGUGGCGAAUCACCCGUGGGUGAAGCCGACGGUCGCUGGCCUAAAGAAGCACCUGGGCAGCAGCAAAAAUGCGCAGAAGCGCGUGCUGCGCCACCGCCGCUUUACGCAGCGCCUUACCGACCUGCUGGACGAGGACCGUUUGCCGGAAGAGGUCUGGUCGCGGGGCUGGCGCGACAUGGAGCUGUACGAAAACCAGCGCUUCCGCCCUGGCCUCACCAAGGGCUCGCAAGAGAAGCGGUGGUCCGGCACCGCGCUCCGCCUCAGCGAGCGCCGCCCGUGGACAAAAGGCAGCGACGGCUGGACGCCGCCGGGCGAGGACGACGGGCACGAGCUCGGCAAGUACAAGCUCUCCUUUGCGCUCGAGCCGGGCUGGGAGUGGAUCGACGGCGACGACUGGCGCAUCGACUGGGGCGGCUCGUGGAGCUCGGUGGGUGUGGACGAGUCGGGCUUUGUCUAUACCGACGACUCGUGGCAGAGCCCUGCGCCGUACGCGUACGUCACGGACCCCAACGCCCCCCGCACGCCUGCGACGAUGGUCGACGAGGCGGACGAGAGCGACGAGGAGGUCGAUGCGCUCGACAUUGACAUUGUUCCCCCGAAGCACAAGGCCGUCACGCGCCGCCGCCGUUGGCUCCGGCGCGCGGUCAAGGUCACGGAAGAGAAAUAG